CCAAGAGAGACAGUCAAGUUACAGAACUUAACUUAGCUACGAUUCCGUGUGUCUGUCGUGAAGAAUACUGAAGAAUAAAAAUUUCAGACUUCCUGAUGUAGUUCAUUCUGAUGAACAACGACAUGGAAAGCAUUUAUAAAACAUUUGAAGUUUUGAUAAAUUCUUUUACAAAUGCUGAUGAAUUACAUAACUUUGUGACAACUUUAGGACUACAGGAUAUUCCGUCAGCAAGAUUUCGAUUGUUCCAGUUGAGAAAUCCCGAGUACGAUGAGAACUUUGUAAACGAAGAGUUAAGUAGUAUUUUUCAACAUUUAGAAGGAACUGCUGAACAUAACAACGUUGACUUGGAGUUGGCCCUUGAGUAUGUAAAAGAGCAAGAAGGCUUUGAAAAAUUAGUUAAGUCACCAUCAUGUUUCGACAAAGAAACGAAUGAAAUGGCAAUGGCAUCUACUGAAACUGACAAGUGGGAACCCUCAGUACAAGUAGGGUCUGGGGAAGAACCGCAACCGGGUCCGUCGUAUAGAUCCAGUCCCCACCCUGCUCUUCAAUAUACAAUUAGAAAAAAAUCGGAAAAAACAUAUGCCAAAUAUGCGGCAGUGGAUCGAACUUAUCAGGUAAAAUUAAACGCCCAGCAUAAAGGACAAAAGUUACAAGAUACACGACAAGGACUCUACCAGAUGUUUGACGAAGUGUUGGACCACGCCCGGGGAAAUUUGAAGGGAAACGAUUUAGGAAGAGUUGUCUUACAUCACGAAUCACUUAACAAUUCGAUUAUUGUCCCUCUACAAUCCUGGGAUCAGCUUAAUGCUAACACAGUGAUGGAGACAGUAGAGAAAGAACUGAACAGCAAUGAAGCUUUAGCAAUUGAUGAAAGCUUUGAUAUUUCAGUUGGUUCCAUUGAUUUACCAAAAGGAAGUGGGAGUUCACGUCUCAGAAUUACCAAACUUACAGGAAAGAACAAUUCCCUCGUGUUAAAGAAAUCCAUUGUUACAAUCGAAAAUAAAGACAUGUUAUGUAUGUCUAGAGCAAUUGCUGUUAGCUGGGCGAAACUGAAAAUAUGUAGUCCGGACGAAUGGAAAGAGAUAGCUAAAAACAGACAAAAGAAGAGCAAUUUACAACUUAUUUUACAACACCGAAAAGUUCCAGACAGUUAUUUGAAGAAACGUAGGGAGAAAAAAAGAGAUGAACAACGACAAUUAGCUGUGGCUAUUAGCCAGUUGGCUGGAAUAGCCUUAGACAGACCAGCGAGUUUAAAUGAUGUAAUGGCUUUUGAAGAAGUACUGAGGGUGCGUGUAAUGGUGAUCAGUGCAAGGCUUGGCAACAAGUUUAUUACAAGUCCAAGUACCGACGAACGACCAUGCAUUUACAUUUAUUUAAUGAACGACAACCAUUUUCACGCCAUUACAUCAAUUACAGGUUUCUUUUGCGCCAACUACUUUUGCAACCGCUGCCUCAAACAUUACGACCAUAAAGAAAGACAUGGAUGUAAAACGCAUUGUAUAAUAUGCAAAAGUGAUGGAUGCGUAAUAACAGAAACAUCCGUAGUCUGCACUAACUGUAAUAUGAGCUGUAGAUCUCCAGAUUGCUAUAAACGACAUUUAAAGACACCCGUACACAACAAAGGAAAAUAUAAAGGAAAGCCCAGAGGUCCGUCCCAGUGCGAAAAAUGGUGGAAAUGUCCAAAAGAAGAACAUCAGUGUGGAGAGUACUAUUGUUCUUCAUGUCAAAAAUUUGUUUUUGAAGAUCAUUUAUGUUAUAUAAGAGCUAUGCCAGCUAAAGAAGAUUUCAAUCCAAGAUUUAUAUUUUUUUAUUUUGAAUGUACGCAAGACCAAAUUUUAGAAUGUCAGGAGGGAUAAAUCGUUACC